AUGAAUACUAAUAAAGGCUUAUUAUAUGAAAAUAAAACUAAGAAGUUAGAUUACGUUUUUACUGCAGAAGGAGUGAUAUGGUGGCAGAAGAUCGGAGAUGCCGCGAGUGUCCAGCUGUCUUUGGCUGUCAGUAAUCGAGUCGAGGCGCCCCGCGCCGUCGCGUUCCACUCCACGCUUUUAUCACCUUUUAAAUAUACCCCGCACCCACCCCGCACCCACCCCGCACACACCCCGCACACACCCCGCGACCACCCCGCACACACCCCGCACCCACCCCGCACACACCCCGCACACACCCCGCGACCACCCCGCACACACCCCGCACCCACCCCGCACACACCCCGCACACACCCCGCACACACCGCGCCAAUUCGCCCGCCACUCGCCGCGGCCGGCGUUGAUACAAUUAUUAACCCGAAAUUGCAAAAACGUAUUAUGAAAUUUACAUCCAAA